AAGCCCAGACAGACCAGCCGCCCGUGGAGGCGCAGGAGCCAGCCAGCACCAAGGCUGACACGCGCGGGAAGGCGACCAAGCGUCCCGCGCAGAGGCCUACAGGCAAAUCACAGUGUAAGGCGCGCCGCCCAGCGGGGCCCGACGCCAGCCCAGACGCGCAGGCCGCGACAGGAUCCCCUGCGGCCAGAGAGGCCAUGGUAGCUGCUUCAGCCCGCCGAGAGGCCAGGCUCAAGGAAAUACUCAACAGGAAUUCGCGCAGCCAUGUGGACGACAGCAUCGAGCUCGUCCAGAACGAGCUCCACGUCUUUGCGGACCACGCCAUCGUCACCAAGUCCCCCUUUCAUCAAGUAUGGCGCAGGGACCGCCUCGAUGAGCUAACGACGACCAUCGGCUUGAUCGGAGCUGAAUGGGUGCCCCGCGAGUUCCUGCAGAACGAGGAACUGGACGAGCAGCAGAUGUGGUUGAACUGGUGCGUCCCCUUCGUGCUGCAGCUGAUGGAGGCCAAGGACAUGGACUGCCUGUUCAACGCGACCGACGAUGACGAAUACUGCGGCUACAAGAAGCAGCUCGCGGAGGAGGUGUGCUACACUGCUUGGGGCCGCAGCGUCUCCCUCCGUGAGGUCCUGCGCACCAAGAUCCGCGAGCGAAGGACCUUCCUCAGGCUCAGCGGCACGGGCAGCCCAGAGUCCCAGCCGUUGGUCUUCCACAGCAGUGAAGACCAGGCCGACAACAGCGGAGGCGACGGCAGAGCCAAGAUGGGCUCGGCCGAGGCCGUG